UCUAACGCUGCAGUCGCAGCUACCAUGUCAGUCUCUGCUGUCGCUUUGGACAAAGACAUAAAGAUGCCGGCUACAGAAAAGGACCUCGCCGAGGAUGCACCUUGGAAGAAGAUCCAGCAAAACACUUUCACACGUUGGUGUAACGAACACCUGAAGUGCGUGAAUAAACGCAUUGCUAACCUGCAGACCGACCUGAGCGAUGGACUCAGGCUAAUCGGGCUUAUCGAGGUCCUCAGUCAGCGGAAGAUGUUCCGAAAGUACAACCAUCGCCCCACGUUCCGGCAGAUGCAGUUGGAAAACGUUUCAGUGGCACUCGAAUUUUUGGAUAAAGAAAACAUAAAGCUUGUUUCAAUAGACUCCAAGGCCAUCGUGGAUGGGAACCUGAAGCUGAUCCUGGGCCUGAUAUGGACGCUGAUCCUACACUACUCCAUUUCCAUGCCCAUGUGGGACGAGGAGGAGGACGAUGAUGAAGGAAAACGGAAGACGCCCAAGCAGAGGCUGUUGGGAUGGAUCCAGAACAAAGUGCCCGACCUUCCUAUCACCAACUUCAGCCGUGACUGGCAGACGGGCAAGGCUCUAGGUGCUCUGGUUGACAGCUGUGCCCCAGGUCUGUGUCCAGACUGGGAUUCCUGGGACCAGACUAAGCCGGUGGACAACGCCCGCGAGGCCAUGCAGCAGGCUGAUGACUGGCUGGACAUCCCACAGGUGAUCACCCCAGCAGAAAUUGUGGAUCCAAAUGUGGAUGAACACUCUGUGAUGACAUACCUGUCCCAGUUUCCUAAAGCCAAGCUGAAACCUGGAGCCCCCCUGCGUCCCAAACUGAAGCCCAAAAAGGCCCGUGCAUAUGGACCAGGCAUUGAACCCACAGGCAAUUUUGUGAUGAAGAAAGCGGUGUUCACUGUGGAGACAAUCAGUGCUGGCAUGGGAGAUGUGCUGGUGUACAUGGAGGACCCUGCUGGGCAUAGUGAGGAGGCAAAGGUCACACCCAACAAUGACAAGAAUCGCACCUACUCCGUGUUCUACAUCCCAAAAGUUGCUGGCCUGCACAAGGUGAGUGUGCUGUUUGCAGGGUUGCACAUCUCAAAAAGCCCAUUCCCAGUGGAUGUUAAGACGUCCCAGAGUGAUGCCAACAAGGUGACUGCUCAGGGGCCUGGCCUUGAGCCCACAGGAAACGUUGCCAACAAAACCACUUGCUUUGACAUCUACACUACAGGAGCUGGAGAGGGUGACCUGCAGGUGAUGGUAAUUGACCCCCAAGGGAGGAGGGACAUGGUGGCAUGUCAGCUUGAGGAUAAAGGCAACAGCAGCUACCGCUGCACCUACAGGCCCAUGCAAGAAGGGGCACAUGCCAUCUACAUCACCUUUGGUGGGGGCCAGAUCCCCAGGAGUCCCUACACUCUCAAUGUGGGAGAGGCCUGUAACCCCAAUCUCUGCUGGGCAAAGGGUCGGGGCCUGCAGCCUAAAGGUGUCCGAGUAAGAGAGACGGCCGAUUUCAGGGUGUUCACAAAAGGUGCCGGCUCUGGAGAGCUGCAAGUUGACAUCAAAGGACCAAAGGGUCUGGAGGAGCCCUGUAAGAGAAUGGACUCAGGUGAUGGGGUAUAUGGCUUUGAUUAUUACCCCAAUAUGCCUGGAAACUACAGCAUCGCCAUUAUGUGGGGUGGACAGCACAUACCAUGCAGCCCUUUUGAGGUGAAAGUGGGAACAGAGGCAGGGCCACAGAAGGUGCGAGCAUGGGGCCCAGGUCUGGAGAGUGGGGUGGUGGGCCUGUCAGCAGACUUUGUGGUGGAGGCCAUUGGUGAGAAUGUUGGCACUCUGGGUUUCUCUAUGGAGGGCCCCUCCCAGGCCAAGAUUGAGUCUGAUGAUAACGGUGAUGGGUCGUGUGACGUGCGGUACUGGCCCACAGAACCCGGCGAAUACGCAGUGCAUGUGCUCUGCAACAAUCAGGAUAUCCUGCACAGCCCCUUCAUGGCUGAGAUCCAGCCCUCUCCUGCCAGAAAGUUCCAUGUCGACAAGGUGAGGGUGUAUGGUCCAGGUGUUCAGAGCAGUGGACUAGUGGUGAACAAACUGGCAGAGUUUACCGUGGACGCCAGACAAGGUGGAGAGGCUGCUCUGAAGAUUCAGGCACAGGAUGGUGAGGGCUGUCCAGUGGAUGUACAGGUGAAGGACAAUGGGAACGGGACAUACAGCUGCAGCUACACCCCUUGCAAGCCUAUCAAACACAUGAUGAUGGUGUCCUGGGGAGGGGUCAAUGUCCUGGAUAGUCCAUUCAGGGUGAACGUUGGAGCUGGGAGUCACCCCAAUAAGGUGAAGGUCUCUGGACCGGGGGUGUCUAAAACGGGACUGAAGGCCUUUGAUCCAACCUACUUCACUGUGGACUGCACUGAAGCUGGCCAAGGAGACGUCAGUAUUGGGAUAAAGUGUGCCCCGGGUGUGGUGGGGUCGGCAGAGACUGAUAUUGAUUUUGACAUCAUCCGAAAUGACAACGAUACCUUCACUGUGAAAUACAUGCUUCUGGGAGCAGGGAGCUACAGUAUUAUGGUGUUAUUUGCUGAUCAGCCCAUUCCCAUGACACCCAUCAGGGUCAAGGUGGAUCCUAAUCAUGACGCCAGCAGUGUGACAGCGGAGGGGCCUGGGUUGAGCAAGAAGGGUGUGGAACUGAACAUGCCCACCCACUUCACUGUGACCACUAAGGGGGCGGGUAAGGCCAAGUUGGACGUCCAGUUUAUUGGAGCCACCAAAGGCGAUGCUGUCAGCGACGUCGACAUCAUCAACAAUCAUGAUAACACAUACACUGUCAAAUAUACGCCUGUUCAGCAGGGUAAGUUGGGUGUGAACGUGGCCUACGGUGGUGAUAUCAUUCCCAGAAGCCCCUUCUCUGUACCGGUGGCCCCUUCACUGGACCUGAGUAAAGUCCAGGUGUCUAGCCUUGGAGAUGAGAUGCCAGUUGGUAAAGACCAGGAGAUCACAGUGAAAUCUGCAGGAGCUGGAGGACAGGGUAAAGUGGAGGCCAAGGUGACUGGCCCUGGCAGCAGGUCUGUGCCAACAAUGGUGGAGCCAGGCCUGAACCCUGAAACCAGCUGGGUGAGAUUUAUCCCAUGCGAGCAGGGCCCCUACCAGGUGGAGUUGACCUAUGAUGGGGCCCCCAUCCCUGGCAGCCCCUUUGCUGCGCAGGCUGUGUCAACCCCAGACCCCUCCAAGGUUCGCUGCUCAGGGCCUGGCCUGGAGCAUGCCAGAGUGGGCGAAACAGGGGAGUUUGAGGUGGACUGUUCUAGUGCAGGCUUGGCUGAGCUGACCAUCGAGAUUGUCUCUGAUAAUGGCACUGAAGCGGAAGUCCACAUUCAGGACAAUGGAGAUGGCACCUUCUCCAUCACCUACACCCCUCUAUACCCUGGCACCUAUACCCUCACUGUCCGCUACGGUGGCCAGGUUGUGCCAAAUGUCCCUACUACACUCAACGUGGAGCCUGCUGUGGACUCCAGUGGGGUUAAAGUGUUUGGACCUGGUGUGGAAGGAACGGGAGUUUUCUGUGAGGCCACUACAGAUUUCUUAGUGGAUGCUCGAGCUCUGACCACAUCUGGCGGUAAUCAUAUUAGGGCCUGCAUCAACAGUCCCUCAGGCAUCAGCACAGACGCCCUUAUUCGGGACAUUGGAAAUGGCACGUAUCAGGUGGAAUACACUCCUUAUGAGGAGGGAGUACACAGUGUGGAGGUGGCCUACAAAGAUGCCUCAGUGCCCAACAGCCCGUUCCAGGUGGUGGUGACGGAAGGUUGUGACCCUACCCGUGUCCGAGUCCAUGGCCCAGGCUUGCAGUCCGGCAUCACCAACCAACCCAACAGAUUCACCGUAGAGACACAUGGUGCAGGGACAGGGGGUCUGGGCCUGGCAGUGGAAGGCCCCUCUGAGGCCAAGAUGUUCUGUGUCGACAACAAGGAUGGCAGCUGCAGUGUGGAGUACAUUCCUUAUGAGGCGGGGAUCUACAACCUCAACAUAACCUAUGGGGGCCAGCCUGUCACUGGUAGCCCAUUUUGCCUGGCUGUUUAUGACAGAGUUGAUUCCUCCAAGGUCGCGUGUGAGGGGCACGGUCUGGGCCCCUGUGUCAGGGCCAGCACCUCCCAUUCCUUCACUGUUGACACCAGCAGGGCCGGAGGAAUCGCUCCCCUGCAGGUGUUGGUGCAGGGGCCUCAAGGAGUGCUGGAGCCUGUGGAAGUGGUGGACAGUGGAGACCAGACUCAUAUAGUCAGCUACAUCCCUACUAGAGAGGGUCCCUACUCCAUUAGUGUCCUGUACGGUGACCAAGAAGUCCCAUGCAGUCCAUACAAGGUGAAGGUACUGUCCACACAUGAUGCCAGUAAAGUGCAUGCCAGUGGCCCUGGCCUCAGCACAGGUGGAGUGCCAGCCAGUCUACCUGUGGAGUUCACCAUCGAUGCCAAGGACGCGGGUGAAGGGCUCGUGGCAGUUGAGAUCACGGACCCAGAAGGCAAACCCAAGAACACCAGCAUUUCGGACAAUCAGGAUGGGACGUACCUGGUUUCGUAUGUGCCGGAUAUAACGGGCCACUACACCAUCCUCAUCAAAUAUGGUGAAGAUGAAACCCCCGGUUCGCCAUACCGGGUCAGGGCCCUGCCCAUGGGAGACGCCACGAAAUGUGCCAUCUCGGUCUCCAUUGGAGGACACGGGCUGGGUCCUGGAGUGGGCCCCACCAUCCAGAUAGGGGAGCAGGCAGUGCUAAUGGUGGAUGCCAGGGCUGCUGGCCCGGGUCAGGUGACCUGCAGUGUUCGCACACCGGACGGCGCCAAGGUGGAUGUGGAUGUGGUGGACAAUGGGGACGGGACCUUCAACAUCUCAUACACAGCCCAGCAGGCUGGGAAGUACGUGGUCUGUGUGUGUUUUGGAGGACAGCACAUCCCCAACAGUCCCUUCCAUGUCACUGCUGUGGACAGACCUGUGGGUGUGAAUGGACUGGACAUGCCUGGGCUGCGACCUUUUGACCUGGUUAUUCCAUUCACCAUUGAGAGAGGAGAGAUCACAGGUGAGGUUCGGAUGCCCUCUGGUAAGGUCACCAAGCCAGAUGUGGCUGAUAACAAAGAUGGCACAGUGACUGUGAAAUACGCCCCCUCAGAGGCAGGGCUGCAUGAGAUGGACAUCAAGUUUGUUGGCACCCACAUCCCAGGAAGUCCCCUCCAGUUCUAUGUGGAUUAUGUUGACAGUGGUCAUGUGACAGCUUAUGGUCCUGGGCUGAUCCAUGGUACAGUAAACAAGCCAGCUGUCUUCACAGUCGACACCAAGGAAGCAGGAGAAGGUGGUUUGUCUCUGGCAAUAGAGGGGCCCUCCAAAGCCAACAUCAGCUGUACUGAUAAUGAGGAUGGCACGUGCACUGUGUCCUACUUGCCUGUUCUGCCUGGACACUACAGAAUCCUGGUCAAGUGCAAUGACCAGCACAUCCCCGGCAGUCCCUUUGUUGCUAGGAUCACAGGAGAUGAGUCUGUGUGUAAUUCGCACCUGGCGGUGGGGUCUUCAGCUGACAUUCCUGUGGACAUUGGAGAGCUGGACCUGAGCCAGUUGACUGCCUCAUUAACCACGCCGUCUGGCCGGGAGGAACCUUGUCUCCUCAAGAUGCUGCGCAACGGGCACAUGGGGGUCUCCUUUGUGCCCAGGGACAUUGGGGAACACCUGGUGAACAUCAGAAAGAAUGGGCAGCACAUCCCCAGCAGCCCCAUCACCAUGGCAAUCAGCCAGUCUGAGAUCGGAGAUGCUAGUCGGGUCCAUGUUUCCGGGGAAGGUCUGAGUGGCGCCCGCACAUUUGAGCCUGCUGAGUUCACCAUCAACACUCGUGAAGCAGGUUAUGGGGGCCUUUGUUUGUCCAUUGAAGGCCCCAGUAAGGUUGAUAUUAACACAGAGGACGAGGAAGACGGUGUGUGCAAGGUCAUCUACUGCCCCACCAUGCCAGGGAAUUACAUCAUCAGCAUUAAGUUUGCAGACCAGCAUGUGCCAGGUAGUGCGUUCACAGCGAAGGUGACUGGCGAGGGCAGGAGGAGAGAGAGCAUCACCAGACUCCGCAGCACUGCAUCUGUGGCCAAUGUGGGCAGCCAGUGUGACCUCAGUGUCAAGAUCCCAGAGGUCUGCAUUGCAGACAUGACAGCCCAGGUAACUGGUCCAUCGGGGAAAGUCCACAAGGCUGAGAUCAAGGAAGGAGAGGACAACACCCAUAGCAUCCACUUCGUUCCCAUGGAGACAGGCAUUCACACAGUCAGCGUCAAGUACCAGGGCCUGCAUGUCCCAGGGAGCCCCUUCCAGUUCACUGUGGGACCCCUGGGAGAGGGUGGGGCACACAAGGUUCAAGCCGGGGGUCCUGGGCUGGAGAGGGCUGAGGCUGGUAUACCAGCGGAGUUCAGUAUCUGGACGAGAGAGGCAGGAGCAGGUGGACUCUCCAUCUCGGUGGAGGGCCCCAGCAAAGCAGAGAUUGCCUUUGAGGACCGCAAAGAUGGGUCCAGUGGGGUGUCCUAUGUGGUCCACGAACCAGGGGACUAUGAAGUGUCAGUCAAGUUCAAUGAGGAGCACAUUCCAGACAGCCCCUUCCUGGUGCCUGUGACAUCACCCUCAGAUGAUGCAAAUUACCUCACUGUUCUGUCCUUUCAGGAGUCGGGGUUGAAGGUGAACCAGCCAGCAUCAUUCUCAGUCAGCCUGAAUGGGGCCAGGGGUGCCAUUGAUGCCAAAGUGCACAGCCCUUCUGGAGCCCAGGAGGACUGCUGCAUCACCCAGAUUGAUGAAGACAAAUAUGCUGUGCAGUUCAUUCCACGGGAAAAUGGAAUCUACUUUAUUGAUGUGAAGUUUCAUGGAUCCCACAUCCCUGGGAGCCCCUUCAAGAUUUGUGUUGGAGAGACUGGCCAAGUGGGUGACCCAGGCCUAGUGUCUGCCCAUGGGGCUGGUCUUGAGCGCGGGACCACGGGCUCUCCAUGUGAAUUCACCAUAAACACCAGCUCUACAGGGCCUGGGACCCUAGCUGUGACAAUUGAUGGCCCCUCAAAGGUCAAAAUGGACUGCCAGGAGUGUCCAGAGGGCUAUAGGGUCACCUAUAUCCCCAUGUCCCCAGGGAACUACUUGAUCACUAUUAAAUAUGGAGGACCUUACCAUAUUGUAGGCAGCCCCUUCAAAGCUAAUAUUACAGGUUCUAGGUUAGUCAGCAGCCAUAGCAUGCAUGAGACCACCUCUCUGCUGGUGGAUCCAGUGUCUCACAGUGUUUCCAAGGGACACCGGGAGGCACCAGGAUGGGCCUGUCAUGUAGUGGCCAAGGGUUUGGGUCUGACUAAGGCCUUUGUUGGCGAGAAGAACAGUUUCAGUGUGGAUUGCAGCAAAGCAGGCUGUGGCAUGCUGCUUGUUGGUGUGGAGGGCCCCAUGUUACCUUGUGAGGAGGUUAUGGUCAGGCAUGUGGGGGGCCGUCUGUAUGAUGUCACUUACCAGCUAAAGCAGCAGGGCGAGUACACCCUAGUGGUGAAAUGGGCCGAUGAACACAUCCCUGGGAGCCCGUUCCACAUCACUGUCUGACCCACCCACGGGAGUCACCUCUGCUGCUCCUUCAGGACCCUUCUCUCCCUCCAUCUUGCCCUUCCUUCCUCUCCAUGUCCCUCCUUCCUCCUCUGUCUCUACACUCACUACUCCCCUUUUUGUUCCCCUCACAGCAUUGGAGAAGUGCCUAUUCACUGAGAUCCUACAGUUCUGUUUGGGCCUACUUUUUUCUUUUCAUGCUAGUGUUUACCUUCAUUGUGUUCUGAAAGUUUUAUUUGAAGGAAAGUAGAUUUAAUCCACUGUUUAAU